AUGAGCGACGAUGAGCACUCACAUCGAGUGAAGAAGCGGCGCAUCUCCCGUGCGUGCGACUACUGCCACAAACGAAGCAAGCGAUGCAGAGCCAGUCUGAACGACUCCCGCUGCCAAAGCUGCGUUUCUUUCGAUCAGCCAUGCACUUUCAAUCGGCCCCAAAAGCGGAGAGGAGCGCCUCGUCGGCGUGAUGAUGGGGAGCCUCACGCAAGGGCUGGCGUGGCAGGUACCUCGUCGAAUGGGCAGGCCGAGGGUGCUGGACGCGUUGAGCAACAUGCCUCGGACACGGGAGUCUCAUUAAGCGGCCCAACUGCCAUCUCAGGACAACAUGCUAUACCAGGCCAGGCUUUUUUAACCCGCCAACACAGUACCUGGAGAGCGCCGAGUGAUUACACUCACGCCACCGUUAUGGACCUUGUGGAAUUAUUCUUCGAGAUCGUUUAUCCUAUAUUUCCACUAUUCCACCAACCGACAUUCAUCCGCCGCGUCUCACGCGCGGAGUACAACACUAACAAAUCGCUGUUUGCCGUCACAAUGGCUGUGUGUGCGCUUGUCUCAGCUCGCGUGCGAGAUGGGGCUGUUUUCAAUCCUCGAUGGGACCUACAAAGUCUUCAACCUGUUGCACCUGAAGUGUACUACACCGAGUCUAUACGCCAGGUUAAUGGCGACCACACGGAUCUCAACACAUUGCGAACACAUGCCCUGCUCGCACUGGCAGCCAUUCAGGAUGGAAAGUUCCGUGACAUGCAUGGACACCUAGGUCGUUACCACACUAUAGUGGCUUCCGAGGGUCUUCACGAUGAGAACAAUUGGCCCAGCGAUAUCGGACUGGUUGAAACGCAGGAACGCCGACGCCUAUUUUGGUCCAUAUACACCUUGGACAUCUUCACUUCCAUUGUCUGGGGAGGUGUGAUCCGCAGUCGAGAAUACCAAUCGAGCGUGUCGUAUCCCUCCGAGGUAGAUGACGACAUGUUCGACGACUCUGGUUUUGCGACAGACACCAUACUCCUUAGCACAGGCUUGGGCUCCUCAGCCGACAGCAACAGUGUGAGCUGGAUGGCUGGCCGGAACUUCGUCAUUGACCUGUACAGGGUGUUGGAACACAUCAUCAUGCGUCUUUCUGUCCGGAAAAGUCGCGCUCAACGGCAGACUUUGAUCGAUGGAGUUCUUCAAGCAUCCGACUCGCUGUCACAGGAAGCGGUGCUGAACAGCGUGAUGUCCAUGUACGGGCUUUUACCGCAGUGUCUGAAGGAGACCAACCCGAUCACUUCCAAGCCAAGACUGGAUCGAUUUGGGUUUCAGGCCGCCGAUAUUGUGGCAACGGUCCAGCUGCUGCGCAUGACUCUUCUGUCCGUAACCGGCGGAAGCAUUUUUGAGAAAUGCCAAAUCGCGAACGAGGUAGUGAAUGCGUUCAGCGCGAUACCGACUGGCUAUCACCAUGCGAUCAGCGUCCCUCUUCUGUUCCAUCUGGGUGUCAUUGGCCAAAUCCUCGCCACUACAUUGGAGCAGCGACUGAGCGAGAACGAGUAUCGCAGCAUUCGCGACGUUAUGAUGGCCAUGGCUCAGCUCUUGUCUACGCUCGAAGGCCUACACGCGAGCAAAGGUGCCAGCCAGCGACUGAAGGAUCAGAUCACCAGAAUCGACGACUUCAUGACAGUGCAACGACACAACACUCGCGGGCAAAGUGGACGGCUCAAUGCAAUCGCGGAGACGCCCAACACGUUCGCCUCGUCGUCAGACGUUGCCACUUUCGAUACUCAAGCCUUUAAUAACGAGAACCUGGAUCUGUCGCCCUUCGAGAUUCCAUCGGAGAUAUUGGACGAUGUCUCGCAGAUCUUUGACUUCUCACAGUUGUCUUGGAACUUGACCUGA